GAUUCGAGAAGAUGGUCUGUGGCCUCGCUCGCCUCGUCUGGCUCUGGCAACAACACUCCUCUCUCCAACCCAGCUUCAUCUUCAGGAGCGAAUGACGAACCAUCAGCCAUCUCUCUCCCAUCGCCAUCUGCCUCUGGACUUACCACGAAUGCCAACGCGGUGAGGAGGACUGAGUCGAUCGGCAUGAGACCCAGGUCUCAAAGUUUCAGCCCGGCAAAAUCGUCAGGACAUGACAGUGGCACGAUGUUGCUCAACAACGUCUACAGAGAAAGAUUUCCUAAGCAGUUGGAUACAACUAAACCACCAGCAACUCCAAGAUCUUCGUCCUCAUCAUCUCUCCUCAUCUCUACCUCUUCAUCACUAUCUUCCAUCGAAUCAUCUGAUGGCGUGGUGAGGUUCAUCCACAGGCAGGUGGUUGAGCUGGCCAGGGACUGCCUGCUAAAGUCCAAGGAUAAGCUCAUCUCCAUCGCUUACUUCUACGAACUCUCUGAUAAUUUGGAGAGAUUGCUUAUUGAUGCCAGGGAGAAAUCUCAGACAGCCUUGGAUCAGAUAACACCUGUCAUCAGAAACCUACUCAUCAUCAUCUCGAGACCAGCGAGAUUGCUCGAAUGCCUGGAAUUUGAUCCUCAUGAAUUCUACCGCAUGUUGGAAGCAGCUGAAGGAUGUGCCAGGGAGACAAUUAAAACGGAUAUUCCUCAGUAUAUUAUCAAUAAACUGGCACUUAAUAGAGGUGAUAUCAUCGUCGCGGACGGCUGCAACAGUUUUGAUAGCGGGAGACCUGAAACGCCAGACACUGACGACUUUAACGAGCUACCAACUGAAAAUGAUUUUGAAACUAUCAAACUCGUCAGCAAUGGAGCUUAUGGAGCUGUGUAUUUGGUACGCCACAAGGAGUCGAAAAACAUUUGCGCCAUGAAACGCCUGCUGAAGAACAAUUUGGUCCUUAGAAAUCAGGUAGACCAGGUGUACGCCGAACGAGACAUCCUCACAUUCACGGACAAUCCAUUCGUCGUUUCUUUCUACUGCAGUUUUGAGACGAAGAAACAUUUCUGCAUGGUGUUGGAGUACGUGGAAGGAGGUGAUUGCGCCACACUACUGAAGAAUAUCGGAGGACCUCUGUCUUUUGAUCUGGCCAGGAUGUACUUUUCAGAAACUGUCCUAGCCCUCGAGUACCUGCACAGUUAUGGAAUCGUGCACAGAGAUCUCAAGCCCGACAAUCUGCUGAUAACUCUGAUGGGCCACAUCAAACUGACCGACUUUGGGCUCUCGAAGAUGGGACUCAUGAACUUGACAACGAACUUGUACGAAGGAGCUCUCGAUUCGGACUGUCAGCAGUUCAAGGACAAGCAGGUUUUCGGCACGCCCGAGUACAUCGCUCCUGAGGUCAUACUUAGGCAGGGAUACGGCAAGCCAGUAGAUUGGUGGUCGAUGGGCAUCAUAUUGUAUGAGUUUCUUGUGGGGGUGGUUCCUUUCUUUGGGGAGUGCCCCGAAGAACUUUUCACCAGGAUCAUUAAUGACCCAGUAGAAUGGCCGGCGGAGGAAGAGUUUUGUCCACCUGCAGAUGCCCAGGACAUCAUCCUCCAUCUACUUCAACACAAUCCUGUUGAAAGGUUGGGUUCGUCCAGCGUACAGGAGGUCAAAGGUCACGUGUUCUUCGAGGGACUCGAUUGGAAUGGACUGUUGAGGCAGAAGGCAGAGUUUGUGCCUAUCAUUGCGAACGACGAAGAUACUAGCUAUUUUGAUACUCGCUUGGACAGGUACAAUCCAGAUCAGUGCAGUGACGACAUCGACGACAACGACGACGACAACUGGAUGUUCAACAGCUUCUCAUCCUGCUCACCCAAGUACAGUCAGGUCUACUCGAAGUUUGAAGAAGUUAAACAGGUAGAACUGCUUGUUUUCAAAAAUUUAUUAAUGCCUAAUUAA